ACACACAUUUUACUGUUCCCGUGAGGACAUUUGGUGUCCAUAAAUUACAUGAGGCAAAACCUGAUGAGGCAAAACAAACAUCAUACAAGAUAGGGACUAUAGCGCCCCCUAUGUGUGCAUCAGAGAGAGACAGUGGGAGGCGUCCAGUGCUCUUUAAAAACUCUAAACUAUUUGGCAUUUGAGUGGAUGGUACCACAGAGACCUCAGCUGUGCAUGGACAUCUCCAAGUGUAAAGCUCCUCAUAGUUUCAGCAAGGAAACAUAGCAGUUCCCGCAUCACCAGGCAGGAGGAUGGCUUACUUCGACAGCAGCUGCCACUGCAGCAGUGAAAGACGACAGAACAGCAUCUUGUACAGCAUUUUAAAGAACGACAGUCAGUCUGCGCAACUUGGGAACCAGCCGAGGACACCGAGACUCGCCGUGUCCAUGCGCGCUUGUGCGUGCGGAUCCAAGAGGAAGGUGUCUCUCCGUUCCCCUCAAACCACAUGCAAAGCCGCCUCCGCGGUCCUGGUCAAGACCCUGAAGUUCGUGAAGAACGUCCCGUGUUUCCGAGAGCUGCCGGUGGAUGACCAGCACACGCUGGUGCGGAGCAGCUGGGCGCCGCUGCUGGUGCUCGGCAUGGCGCAGGACAGGAUCGACUUCGAGACUUCGGAGACGCAGGAGCCCAGCAUGUUGCAGCGGAUUUUAACGAGCGGACAGGACAAGCAGGACAAUCAGAGUAAUAACAGUGGGGUGGCGUUGACCGACGUUCAGGGUAUUAAAAUGUUUCUGAGGAAAUGCUGGGGACUGGACAUAAGCACUAAGGAGUACGCAUACUUGAAAGGGGCUAUUCUGUUCAACCCAGAUGUUGCUGGGCUGCAAUGUCAACAUUACAUCCAGGCCCUGCAGAGCGAGGCGAACCAGGCACUUAAUGAAUAUGUCAAAAUGAUUCACCGUGGGGACAGUGCAAGAUUCGCCAAACUCUUCCUCGCUCUCUCCAUGCUGAGAUCCAUCAACGCCAACGUGGUGGCUGGUCUCUUCUUCAAACCGGUCAUCGGAGCAGUCAACAUGGAGGAACUUCUUCUGGAGAUGUUUUAUGGGAAAUAAACUCACAUUAAAAAACCAGGACUGAAUUAUCAAAGUCGGAAAGAAUGGCAGUCGGCAGUGGACGGACAGAUAUUGAAAAUGACUGAUUCCUUUUUACACAUGCUAUUUUUGUACAAUUUAUGAGAGCUCUCUUUUUGCCUUCUGAGUUGAACUCAUCGCUGAAUCCAAAGUUGAUGACAACGUUUUUCCCAUUUGGGGAAAGUGCUUUAUAACUUUGUUCUAAUUGUUUGUUUUUGUUUUUUUGUUUACUUGCUUUAAUGUGAUGUUGUGCCGCCUUAUUCUGGUUGACACUUUAUAAUAACUUUCAUUAGCAAACCAUCAACAAGCAUUCAUUUAUAUAUGAAUGGCAUUUAAUAUAUAUUUUAAAAUGUAAUUAUAUUUUAAAAUAAUAUAUUACAUCGAAAAAUAGUGUUUCUCAGUUUCAUGACUAGCAAUUUGAAUAUAUAUAUAUAUAUAUAUAUAUAUAUAUAUAUAUGAACUUGUGAUCUGUUUUGCAUUACAUAAUGUAACAAUUUUGAUUAGUAUUGUUAAUGAAAGUUAUUAUAAAGUUUAAACUGUAUUUGAAUAUUAGAAAUUAUUGUACGUUUUUGUUAUGCAUUGACAUAAUGGAACAUGGUUACACUCCUUCACAUUUCCCACAACAUAAUGGACAGAUAUGUGUUUUUUUCAUUACAGUAACAGUUACAUUUCGAUAAACAUGUCAACGGGAAGCACAAAUACAAAAAACACUUCUGAAAAUAAAAAAUAAUAGUUAGGAAAUCAUUGUUUCAUAGCUCAAUAGCAAUAUUGUUUACCUAACCACUUCAGGCUGCAUAGACACGUCAGUAGGGGGCGACAAGGGACUGUCUUUAUGAGUGAGUCGAUGAAAAACAUGAAUGAAACAAGUGAAAUAUGGGACAUCAUUGAAUUAUUCCCUCAACCGUUUCUUUCAAUUACGCUACGCUGAUUCAUUGAGGAGCUGUUUUGCUCAGACGGUUGAUCCUGCCUUGACUUGAAACAGUUGUCUUUGGUGGAGCAAUUUGUAUGUUUUUAGAAUGCAAGUUACUGAUACAUUUUGUCCUUUAUGUAGCCUAGUAGGAUGUGUUUUAAAGUAACAGCCUCAUGAUUUCAUU